AUGCCCAACUCCUACAAGGAUUCCCCCAGCCGUGGGGUUUCUAGCGGCUCCGAUAUUCUCACGAGCAGCAGCUAUUCGUUGAGUCUUAGUAGCAGUGGAAGCGGCAGCAGCAGGAGCUCUACGUCGUCUGCACCUGCUUCUGUAGAUGGGGUCGUGACACCCGGCCCAACAGAGGCUCUGCAGAGAAAGCCAUUUGUGCCUCCUAAGAUCAUCCGCCCAAAAAAGAUUCCCUCUGUUAAGAAGGCGCUACCAAAACGCACGCCUUUUCCUAACGAUGCUGGUGGUGUUGGUGGUGCUGCUGGUGGUGGGACUUCGGAGCCUAAGGCAGGCCCCGCCCCCUCUAGGAAGGAUCAGCUGGCAGCGUUGCAGUCACAGCUGUUGAUGUCUCGGGCGGCCAUAGGACAGCGGUGGAAAGAAGCGUGGCGUAGCGCCGAGUCUUCAGCUUUUUCCUUCGAUUCUGACGAAGAUGAAAUAGAAGGCUUGGACUCGUCCGACAGUUCUCCAGCUGCCACCCCUGCAACAAGAAAGAGAGGGGGAGCAGAGAGGGAAGCGAAGGAUAACAUGUCGUCGGUUAUUUCCUCCCUCGGCGCCAGCGAGGCGCGGCAAGACCUGCUGCAGCUGCUGCAGCGGGAGAUGUCAAGCAGCAGCUCCGACUUGCUGCACGACAGCAGUCAGAUCCUCAAUCUGACGGCCUCAGAUUUCAUCGAUGACCUAAAGGCCGAUUUCGCCCCCCAUGAAGGCGGCGAAAUCCGUCCGGCUACUCCUGAUGAGGAAACAGUAAUGUCCCGCCCCCUCAGGAAGCUGAAGCUGCAUCUCUUUCAAGAAGGUCACCCCACGAGCUCCUCUUCUUCUGAUGGCUCUUCGGACGAGUCGCAGGCCUCAGUUAGAGGGCGGCAGAUACCAUCCAGAGAAACCUCAGUUCCAGGUGAGCUCGAUGAGGAUCUGCAUGACUCAGAGGACGAAGAAAAGGAUGACGAAGAAAAGAAAGCAGAGGGGGAGGAGAAGGACGGAGAGGCGGAAGAAGAGGAGUCAAGCGCCAGCCAGCCUCAGGCGGGAGAGGGAACAGAAGAGGCCUACAUGGACAGAGACAUGGACACUAAUGGAUCGGUGAAUCGAGAGAGUGAGGACCAGGGGCCUGCUGUAGAGUUGUCGGAAUCAGCAGAAGAUGAGCCACAAAUGGUAUGGGAAUUUGAGGAGCAAGAAGACAAGCCGCCGCCCUCACCACCAAAAAAGACAAUUGUCGUUAGGAGGCCGCUGAAAGCAGAAGAUAUGGCAGUUGAGGAGCGGCUGGAAGCCGACGCGUGUCAGGAAGACUUCGACCGUCGGGAGAUUGCCGAUCGCAUUAUCUACGAAUACACCGACGACCCACUGAGUCCCCAAAUGGAAAGACUCAAGGCAGAACGCGUACAGCUCGCUGAGUGGGCGCGGCGCUUGCGGGGAGGCAACAUGGUGCAGGCAGAGGGCGACAGGCCAGCGGGGUACAGACCUCCUUUGGUGAGGCAGCCAGCGUUACGAGGUGUGGGCAGGACCUUCCCAAAAACUCAAGUGGACAGGCCACUGACGAGUGAUUUGUCGCCUCGGGGAGAAGGCAUUGAGGAGCGGAUGCUGCAGCGGGCGGCCUUGCCCAGCACGAAGGUGUGGCAGAUGGAGCAACGGACGAAGCGUCUGCAGCAACAGACGGCGCAGCAGCAGCAACAGCUUGAGAUCCUGCAGGCAGCACUUCGAAAGAAAAUCGAAGCCACCUCGAAUCCAGGUGCUGAUGCUGUUGAAGGAGGCUCUUCGGUAGCGCGAAGCUCAACCGACACGACAGACGCAACAGAAGGACUGUCCCCUCGCUCUGCUGAACUCAAAUUGUAUGAACAGCAAUGCGUCUACUUGGGGGCGCAGCUAGAAGAAGAACACGAGUUCUGUGAAGCCUACAGGGCCGAGCUGGGGCGCGCGCUCCUAAAGAAUAUGGCCUUAAAGAAACAGUAUGGAGACGCAGUGGACGCCCUCAAACAACGCGAGGCCGCCGAGCGUAAGGAACGGGCCGAGCACUUGCAAGCAGAGGAGCAGCUGAGGGAUCUGCAGGACAGGAUAGAGGCAGAGAAGAACAAAAUGAUGAUUGAAAGAAGCUGCCGACAGCAGCGAGACAAGCAAACAACGACGCUGCAAGAGCGCUACACGCAGCUGCUACACUACUUGCAGGAGGCAGAGGAGAAGAGGAGCUCUUUUGAGGAUGGCCUCCGUGUUGCCCAAAGCAAGGCACAGAAAGCGGAGGCUCUGCUGCAAACCAAGGAGGCGGAACUUGCCUAUGUUCAACGUUGCCUGGAGACACUAGACGUGCAAAUGCUAGAGAAGGAAGUGCAGAGACGCAAAGAAAGAGACAGAGCGAACGCUGCAGAAAGACAAGUGGAGGAGUUAAGAGCGUCGCUGGCGGCAAAAGAACAAGAGAUAUCUAAGCUGAUGAAAAACUCGGAAAACGGCGUAACUCUUCUGGAGAAGGAACAGAAAGAGCAUCUCAAGACCCGCGAGGCUCUUGCAGCAGCACAAGCCACGCUGAAGCAACAGGCCGCCGAAUUGCAGGCCCCUCACUUGCAACAGCACAAACUGGAUUCCAUACGAAAGCUUGCAAAGGACUUUCAGGCUCUUUCUGAUGAGGCGGAAGCAGAGGAACGCGAAAUGGAGGCCUGGCACACCGAGGUUGAAGAAAGGAGAGCCAAAGCACUUUCAAUCCUUGAGGAAGCAGAACGCUCAGCCAUUGCUGUCUUCUCUCAGCUAGAUAAAGAAUUAAAGGAGCUGUCCAUCACGGCUCUGAAUUGCCACAACCGGCAUUUGUGCACGUAUCCGCAGAUGGAAGCUCUCCGGCAGGCAAGGCAAGAAGAGAUGGCGCUGCUAGAACACGAAUUUGAACUGGUGGGACGGCAGCGAAAGAAGCUCGAAGCUGACUUGCAGCAGCGGGAGAAGGAGGCGACUGAAUUUCGGGAGCAGAUCGCCUCCCUCACCCGCAAAUUGCAGCGCCAAGCACAAAAGAACAGAAGAAUUGCCAAGAGAAUAAUACGCACAGCGUCUGCCUACGGCAGAAGUAGCAGACGCACUGUGUGCCGGGAACUCCGCACUAUGCGCGUUGGCGGGGUAGUUGAAAUGCUGAGCCGAUCCACCCACCGCAGGCCUGAACCUCGUUACAUUAAGAUGUUCAAGCGAGGAGUUGUUAUGUGGAGUGAAGACCUAGCAGGCAACAGGGGCUUCAGGAAGGGAGACCAAUUCGCCGUCACAGACAUCGUUGGUAUUGACUUUGGGACCUCGAGCUCUGCGUUUUUGUGGAGUCUUCACGGAACGAGAGGAGGAAAAGCUCCAUCUACUCAGUUUGCAUAUCCUUGGCGGUGUUUUACCGUACGGACGCUAAAAGACACUUUUGAAUUUCGUGCGAAGUCCGACGAAGCCGCUCAGGACUGGGUAGUGGGCCUCGGUAGACUGAGCUCUACUCACGCCCCCCCCAUGAUAUCCGACAAACACGAAUUUAUUGUCCAUCGGGUGCACAUGAAGCUUGCCGCCUAUGCUGCCCAGCGAGGUGAGCUGUAA